AUGCCGUUUGCUCCUUCCUUGUUGUCAUCAUCUUCUUCCGUCUCUCAAUUCCUUCCCAGAUUCCCAGACUCUUCUAGGCUCAAUGUCUCUUCACGAAUCAGAGCCUCCUUCGUCGUCGUCGCGGCCUCCGUCUCCGACCUAGCCAGCGUCGACAGUACAACUCUCGCCGUCUUCGGAGGCGGCUCCGUAGCAGCCCUCGCAGCGGUGGUUUCCUUGACGGAUCCUGAGAGGAGACGGCGAUUGCAGGCGGAGGAAGUCGGCGGAGGCGACAAAGAAGUCGUGAGAGAGUAUUUCAACAGCACGGGUUUCGAGAGGUGGAGGAAGAUCUACGGCGAGACCGAAGAAGUCAACCGCGUUCAGAAGGAUAUAAGACUCGGCCAUGCCAAGACGGUGGAGAAUGCAAUGCUUAUGCUUAAAGAUGAAGGAUCUUUGGUCGGAGUCACUGUCUGCGACGCCGGAUGCGGAACCGGAUCUCUCUCGAUUCCUCUUGCUAAAGAAGGUGCUAUCGUCUCUGCAAGCGAUAUCUCUGCAGCUAUGGUUGCUGAAGCUGAGAUGAAGGCAAAGGAGCAACUGCCAUCAGGGAACUUACCAAGAUUUGAAGUGAAUGAUUUAGAGAGCUUAAGUGGGAAAUAUGACACUGUUGUAUGCCUUGACGUUCUGAUACAUUACCCUCAGAACAAAGCAGAUGGAAUGAUCGCACAUCUCGCUUCUUUGGCAGAGAAGAGAGUGAUUCUGAGUUUUGCGCCAAAGACUUUUUACUAUGAUAUCUUAAAGAGAAUUGGAGAGCUUUUCCCGGGGCCUUCAAAGGCUACAAGGGCUUAUCUACACGCAGAGGCGGAUGUAGAACGAGCUUUGCGUAAGGUCGGUUGGAAAAUCAGAAAGAGAGGACUCACCACCACCCAAUUCUACUUUUCUAGGCUCAUCGAAGCUGUUCCAAUCUCGACCACUUGA